AUGGUCUUGAUCUCACGCCGUUUAUCAUGGAAGUUGGAUUUAUGCGCAGAUGCUACCAAGAAUUCGGAACCUUUUAGGGGUAAAUCUGGGUCUGUUUCGUUUGGUAAUAUAACUCACCAUUCUGUUGAAGAAAGUCAAUUGGUAUCAGCUCCUUUUAAGGAAAACAGUGGCUCUUUACUUUGGGUUUUGGCUCCAGUUGCAUUGAUUUCGUCACUGGUUGUUCCCCAAUUCUUCGUUGUCAAUGCCGUUGAAGAUUUCUUAAAGAAUGAGGUUCUUGCAGUCCAAAACCAACAAAACUCUGUGAUACCUAAGUCUAUGAUAACCUAUUUUCAGUUUUCACCUCAAUCAAAUGGUUCUGAACAUACCUCAAAUUCUGUGGAUACAUUACUUCUUAAAGCAACCUAUGCUGAGCAUCACACACCUCUCAACUGGAGUGAUAGUCAAUUUGAACAUAUCAGCAAUGAAAGAGAUGAAAAUGGGAGCAAUGAGGAUAUAAACAAUCAAGCAAUAAGUCAAGGAGCAGAAUCAGAACUUGAACUACCUUAG